UAACAAAAAUUUAAUAAUUAACAAAGAAAAACUAAAUGUUGACAUUGAGGGAUUUAUGACAAAUUGGCCAAGAACUUAAACCUGAGCUGCUUCAUUAAGCAGUCUCGGUUGCUUUCUUGCAACACACUUGUCCGUUCCGACACGUUACCAGCGACGGCGCCAGGGGCUGGGGGGCACGUACCCAAUCUGUUAAGCAGAGUGCCCCUGCAUCAAAUUUUGACUUUUUUUAAAACUUGUUUUAGUGAAUAAUCGAAUAAGUAAAUGUCUUGUUACGGUAUGCCAAUUUUUUUUAUUUGCUGUAGAAUCUACAAUGUUGGUGCCGACCUUAAGAAGAUUGGGACCAAUUUAUGCCCACCUAUCUCAGAAACACUGACGCCGUCGCUGCACGUUACGGACCGUUAAAAAACGUUGAACAUAAAAGACAUUGAAUUAAACGUCUCUGCGCACAUUAGCCCGUUCCUUCACGAUUCCUUAAGUGUGUGUUAACGCGAACCGUCGCGUUGACGGACAAAUGUGCGGCAACCUAUUAUUCGUCACAUAAUAGUUCAUUCAUAUUCGAGUAGUUCUAGUGUAUCAAAACUCGAACUACUGUCAAAGAAAAACCUAAAUUUAAAGGUUAUAUUCAAUCAUCGUUUAUACUGUUGAAUGCCAUGGAUUUUAAAUAGUUCUCAUAAUUUUUAUCCGGAAUGGGACUCGCCUGGCGAUACUUCUUAUUCCUGUUAUGGUUUUCCUACUUUUUAAUAUCGGCGAUAUUACUAUUCACCCAUGGUUUUCUGUUGACAAGACUAGCUCAGCCGCUAAACGCUACAUGCUUUCGAUACUCUCCUAGUUGUUCGUUAAAUCAAAAUCAACAUUUAGGUAGUAAACUCCCCGACGAUCAGUGUAACGAAAAUUUGAUGAAUUACCUUCACGAUGCUUCUCAUAUGUGCCUUCCACCAAAGGCCAAAGUUAUUCUAGUUAUAAUUGAUGCACUUCGCUACGAUUUUACAAAAUAUGAUGGGAGUAUUUCAAAACCGCUACCUUUUCAAAAUAAAUUGCCGGUUAUUAAUAUGCUAUUAGAUAGCAACCCCACAUCUACAAGACUGUACAAGUUCAUUGCUGAUCCUCCGACCACGACGAUGCAAAGAUUGAAGGCUCUAACAACUGGCAGUCUUCCUACGUUUAUUGACGCCGGCUCUAAUUUUGCUACAUCGGAAAUUAACGAAGACAACAUUAUUGAUCAGCUUCUAAAUCAUUUGGGGGAAACCGUUUUUUUGGGAGAUGACACUUGGGUGUCUUUGUAUCCCAGAAGAUUUAAACGAACAUAUCCCUUUCCAUCAUUUAAUGUGUUCGAUUUGGACACUGUCGAUAAUGGAAUUGUAAAUAAUUUAUACACAGAAAUCGAGAAGAAAGACUGGAACUUAUUAAUUGCUCACUUUCUCGGAGUGGACCACUGUGGGCAUCGUUUUGGUCCAAUGCAUUCUGAAAUGGCCAGAAAAUUGACCGAGAUGAAUCAAGUGAUACACAACAUUGUAGAAUCAUUAGAUAAUUCUACCAUCCUGAUUGUAAUAGGAGAUCACGGAAUGACCUCAACAGGUGACCAUGGUGGUGAAAGUGAUGAUGAAGUUACUUCUGCAAUGUUCGUCCAUUCAAAGCUAAAACUAGUAUCAACCGAGCAUAGUUUUGACAAUGAGACAAUCAAGCAAAUCGAUUUUGUUCCUACAUUGUGCACAAUUUUGGGAAUACCAAUACCAUAUUCCAAUUUGGGCUCAUUAAUUAUGGACGCCCUUCCGAUCUCCAAUACCGCUCUACCUUUUUCACAAUGGCAAAUUGAUUUGUUCGCAGCAUGGUCUAACAUACAGCAAAUGACAACAUAUAUUAAACAAUAUGCGACAAUAAGUGAAACGUUUAGCCAGGAAAAGUUGCAGAAAUUAUACGAGAAAUUCGCUUUACUCAAUGCCCGUGUUCGCACCGUCAGUAGUGAAGAUGCUUACAAAGUUUUCAUGCGACAUGCGAAAGAUUAUAAAAUUUUAAUGAGGCAAAUGUGCGAAGAGGUCUGGAUACAAUUCGAUUCGUUUUCAAUGUCAAGAGGAUUAGUACUCACAUUCAUGGCUGUUUUCUUGAUAUACAUGGUAGUAAGCGGUAUCCCAGCUAGUCAACUACCAGAGAUAUUUACUAGUUCAUUUAUACCAUGUUCUUAUAUUAUGCUAUUUAUUGCUGCGGUAAUUGCCAGUGGAUGCUUUUACUACAACUUAUCGGAUAAUUUACUGCCAACAGUGUACUUCACUACAGGAUUGGUGUCCAUAUUUAUGUUAGCAGUUUUGGUUAUUCAAAAUUGGGAAGCUAUUUCAACGCAUUGGUACAAUUUGAGCAAAAACAGAUCGGUUGUCGAUUUGCUCUACCGCUUAAUAUUCCUGCUGUCUUGGUGUGGAUUGCUUUCUAACAGUUACAUUGUUGAAGAAGGAAAUUUAGCCAUGUUUCUGUUAAUUUCUGUCACUUGCCUUAUUGUCUGUAACAGUGGCGCAAAAAAGACAAUUUCCUUUAAUUCCAAACUGAAGACCAAUUGGCCAAAGUUGAAAGCGCUAGCGCUGUUCCUCAUCAUUGCGUGUCUGAUACGUUUGUCCACACUGUACGGCAGAUGUAGGGAAGAACAGAGGUGGUGUUUACAAUCCCCAUAUGGCGAAGGAGCGAAGAGAGCCCUUCGAUCAGAAAAGGCUGACUACCUCAUAUCUCUGGUAACCGUUGCUGUAUUUGUAACCGCAACGCGUAAUUGGCUGAGAGCCUGUGGUAACUUGUCGGGUUACUCGCUGCAAGUUUUACUGGCCAGGUACGCCCCGACUGUUAUCGUCGUUGCCAUUGGCGGAUUUUGGGUGUUACACAGAUUGCCACAGGAAGCAAAGAGUAAGAUCACCUCAGGCAUUCAAUCGGACUCCCUAGCUUUGGUUGUAUAUGGGUCUGUGAUAGCCGGAAUCGGUAGUAUCAUUGUUAAACCAUUAUGCAUUCAAAUUAUAAGGACCAAAGAUACAUCAACUCAGAACCAAACUGUUCCCCAUAUCUUUAAUAAAGUUAAAGGCUUAUUUAAUAGUACCAAAGCUGAAAGUGACAAUUUGAAUGUACCCAUUGUGUGUGGUUUAGGCACAGUGUACAGUGCCACCUUUACCAUUAUUGCAGUAUAUCUUACUUUACUCAUUGUGUUGUUGCUUGGAGAUGUAGUGGCACCAUCGGCUGUUUUGUUAUAUUUCUCUGCAGCACUUAUUUUGGUUGUAACUGCGAUGUCACGGAUCGAAGGAGGGCCUAAUACAGUAAAAGUGUUUGACGUACCAAGCGCUUAUAUAUUGAUGUGGAUGCUUUUAUCUUUAUACUUCUUUUAUGGAUCUGGCCAUCAAGCAACGUUCCCAAAUAUUCCAUGGGAAGCCGCUUUCAUUGGAAACGGUGGUGACUUUACAAACAAUUACAUACCAGCCCUACUUGUGAUAAUAAAUAGCUUCGGACCUUAUAUACUCAUGGGAGUCACUUUACCUCUGUUAUGCAUUGUACCUUUUACAUUUUAUGUUAUGUUUCCUUCGAUGUUCAGCAAGAGACACGAUGAACAAAAUGAAAUUGCCCACGGUGAAAUUUUGCUUUACGAACGCAAUGGAAUAUUAUUUACAUCUGUAUUUACGAUCAGCUGCAGGUACAUCUUAUUCCAUGCAGUUAGAAUUUUUACGGCAAUGUUGGCAGCGACUAUUCACUGUCGGCAUCUUAUGGUGUGGAAGAUUUUUGCUCCAAAACUGAUUUUUGAAGCAGUUGGACUUAUAGUAACCCUAAUCUCGGUGUUGGGUGGCUUUCUGCUGCUAAUAUUAAUUAACUUUAAAGUUGAUAGGUUACUAACAGAUCUUAAUAAGAAGAGCAGGUGAUAUGACUGAAGUCAAAGUAAUAAAAGUGGAUUUAGAGAU